UAAACUUCAAUUUACAUUUUACAGUAAGAAAGAAAAUCCAAAGACUUGUUGUUUUAGCAUUUCUUCUUUGCGUCUUCUUCGCUUCACCUCUGCACCAUGUUUUCCCCCAAUAAGAUAUUUUCAACCUCCAAACAGUAAAUCAAACUCAUCUGCUUUUCACAGAAAUUCCAAGAUUUGAUGAUGAUGAUGUAAAUGCUUUGCAUUCCAAGAUUCAAUAAUAAUCAGAUUAAGAUAUUUGUAUUUGUUCGCUGUGGUGGAUUUGCUGCUGCAGUCAAAUUUUUCGUUUUGGAUGAAAGCAAUUGCAAUGUGCUUCUCCCUGUUGCAAUUUCCGAGAUGCCGAAUUCAUUCAUUAGCCAAUUCUUGUUUCGAAAAUUUUAACAAGUUAGGUAAAAGAAGUGGCGUCAGUUCCACCAGUUACAGGGUUCUUUGUUCGAACAACUACGACCCGCAAGGAGGACAUAACAGCAGCCGAAAGUGGACUAGACGAACUAUAAAUACAAACGCAAACACAAACACUGGAGGAAAUAUUAGCGAAAAGUUAAUUAGCAACAAAAGUAUCGGUCACGAGAUUGUUCCUCAAGCGAGCACUGAUUUAAGUAGCUACAAAUUAGAAACAAGCAAGGUACAACAAAGGACCAGAAAAGUAGUUGUCCAAAACAAGAUUGUCUCGGAAAGUACGACCACUACUAGAUUUGAUGAAUGGAAAGUAGAAACAACAGAGAUAGAAUCGGAGCAGUACUACGAUGAAUUGGCUAAACUUGCGACAAUAAUUUGUUUCGACAUUGAAACCACUGGUUUUAGCAGAGAUAGAGAUAGGAUAAUCGAGCUGGCAUGCCAAGAUCUUCGAGGUGGCGAUAACUCAACUUUUCAGACACUAGUUAAUCCUGAACAAUACGUGCCCAAUGAAAAGAUUCACGGCAUUUCAUCUCGUAUGGUUAACAGAUACGAUGUCCCCAGGAUGAAGGAGCUUAUUCCUAUAUUAGUGCAGUACGUGAGAAGUAGGCAGAUGCCAGGUGGAGUUGUGGUAUUGGUAUCUCACAAUGGGCGAACUUUCGAUGUACCCUUCUUGAAAAAUGAAUUCAGCAGAUGCUCUUUUGAGAUUCCUCAAGAUUGGUUGUUUGCCGACACUCUUCCACUCGCUCGUUUAGUCAUGAAAUCUAAAGGACCGAAAGUAGCGACAAAGAUAUCACUGCAAGCGCUGAGGGAGUAUUACGGGAUUCCAUUGAUAGGGCCAGCUCAUAGAGCGCUAUCAGACGUACACUCAUUAGCGCUUGUUCUGCAGAGGCUGACAUACGAUCUGAAAAUGCCGAUAUCUGGCCUCAUCAAAGCCUCUUUUAAGUAGAGAACAUUUACAUAGUUUGUAGGGCCUAAACUAAAUUAAUUUUGUUGUAGCAACUUCAUCCCAUUCAUUGUUUCAAAUGUAAUAGCGAAUCCCUUUAUUUGUGGGAUUUAAUGUCCAAAGAAUGUAGGAUUGAUUUAAAGCACUGUUUUGGUUACCAGAGUUUAUGUUGUUUUGGUAACCAUUAUCAGAUAGGGCAUUUAAUUCACUUGAAUUAUUAUUAUAAUUAUUUAUAAAAGGAGGGAUAUGUUGGGUACUUG